AAAAAAAAAAAAAAAAAAAAAAAGACAUCGGAGCUGAGAUCAAAACGGCCCUGCAUUUGGGGGCAGAAUUAGGACUUUUCGCCAUGUGGUACUAGGUAGCUCUCCCAGCCUUGGCUGUACUAGUCUAGUAGAUGCUUCCUACCUGCCUACGUUCUAGUGUAAGUACAGCAGUGUAGCAGGAGUAACAUAUCUUGAGAAGCGAGCAACAAGGGGAUGAUCCUCCGUCCCCCGCCUGUCACCCUCCCACACCAUAUGCUCCCACUCUGCUCCCACAUAUCGAAGUAGGUAUGUAGGUAUAGGUAGGUAUAUGUACGUACGGAUAUGGAGUAGGUAGCGUAGGUACUAUCAGUGCAGGCUAUUUUCAUACUACUCUCCCCAUGCUGCUCUUGUGACUUUUGUUUCCUGGAUCCUUCUUUCACGCAAAAUGGCAGCUCUUGAAUUUUAUAUGUAGACGUGUUGAUUUUUUCCGUUUUCCCCAUUUUUCCCUAGUUUCCCUCUGAUUUCCCCAAUAGGGGCGCCGACGCGUAUACGUCUGGUCACCUCGCGUAUACUUCGAUCGCAAUCGGCUUUCACCUUCGCCCUGUUCAGUCUGUGACACAUCGUAUAUUGGCGGUUGUAGAGCUUAGAGGGGCGACUAAGGGGGUUCGCAAUCGGUCAUUGCACGGCAUAGCGAACAAUUCCGACUCACUAGUGUGCACGAUUAACAACAUAAAAAUACACCAUCAUGGAGAGUACUGAAGACGGCCCAAGCCAGCUCGCUGCCGAGCUCAAGUCACAAUCGCAUCCGGCUAGGAACAUGGAAAUGGCAAUUGAGCAUGAUCGGAUAUCGUGGGGAGGCGGCAGUGCACCUUCGCUCCCAUCUAUUGAUGAUGACCCUCACUCAGAUGCCAUGAGCAUAACGGAUAGUGUCAAAUCGUCCACCAUGUCCUUAGAUCCGACGUUGUAUCACUUCAUUGAAGAAAAUGGCCGGACCUAUCAUAAAUAUAAGCAAGGGAGAUAUUUCUUGCCGAAUGAUUCGGCAGAACAGGAACGGCUUGAUCUACAACAUCAGCUUUUCUGUAUCACAAUAGGAAGCAAGCUGAAUCUAUGUCCACUUCCAAAAACGCCCAAAAGAGUACUGGACAUUGCCACAGGCACUGGAAUAUGGGCAAUAGAAUUUGCUUCUCAAUACCCCGAUACCGAGGUCAUCGGCACAGACCUUAGCCCUAUCCAACCUCAUUAUUUGCCCGAGAACUGUAGAUUCGAAAUAGACGAUGCGGAAGACGAUUGGACGUAUAACGAACCUUUCUCGUUUAUCCAUGGCCGCGCACUGAUGAGUUGUUUCGACGACCCAAGUCGCGUCGUCAAGCAAGCGUACGAGAACCUCGAGCCCGGCGGAUUCAUCGAGUUCCAAGAUGCACUAUUCCCCAUGUAUUGGGUCGGCGAACCUGUCAAGGAGUCGGCGCUCUAUCGGUGGAACGAGCUCCUUAUGGAGGGUGUUCGGAGGAUCGGACGGUCGUGGAGCAACGUGGUCAACUAUCCGCGGUACUUUGAGGAAGCCGGGUUCGUGAACAUUGUCGAUCGACGGUUCUACUGGCCGACUUCCCCCUGGGCCAAGGGCAAGUAUUUCAAGACGGUCGCCAUGUACUUUCAGGAAGACAUGAUCUCGGGAAUGGAAGCGAUCAGUAUGAAGGUGCUGCAAGCCACAGGCAUGUCGCCCCAGGAGAUCAAGGACUUCUGCGAGGAGGUUAAGAGGGACUUUAGGGAUACUAACUUGCAUGCAUACCUCACCGUAUCGUACAUCUAUGCGCAGAAACCCCUAGAUAAUCCGUAGUCAUGUGCUUAGAUGAAAUAGAUGCGCUUUUACAAUGAUAGCGAUGAUGCGGCCAUAUUUAAGUAGGUACUUUAUAUGAAAUUAGACACAGACAACGGCUCACAUAGAUACUAUCUUCUGCACCACCCAAGUCAGCCCACUGCCGAAAGACUUAAUCGUGAAUACCUUUUCUAGGCUACUCGUAUGCAACAAAACACGUAAACUAGUUUUGUUUACCACAUUCUAUAGCAUUAAUGCUGGAUUCGUUAGAGAAACUCGAGUUCUUGAGAUCGGUUGGCCGGCUAUGAAUACUCCACCUGGAAGGAUUGCUUAUUCCCUAGGGCAGCCUAGCUUUGAAUGUGGUGGACUUUCCCGCCCGGACAUAACGGAAUUAUUACGCUUUCAUUUCCAU